AUGAGUCGUUCAAACAUUAACAGUGCAACUACGCAGGCUUCUAGUGGUAGCGGUAGUGGUAAUGGUAACAUUAGCAAAUGGCAAAUUAAUGGCACCAUUUCCGAAUUUAAUUUGAAAGUUGACGACUUCAGUUCGUGGAUUGAACGCUUUGAAUUGUAUGUAUUAUUAAAUGAAAUUAAUUCUCACAAAAAGAAAUUAAUGUUCUUAACACUUUUGGGCAAUGACGGUUAUGUAUUAGUCAGAGAUCUUUGUACUCCAUUUAAGCCAGUAGAUAAAAGUUAUGACACACUAAAAGAAAUGUUAUCUAAUUAUAUUAAUCCUAAACCUAAUGUUCUAACUGAACGUUACAAGUUUAAGGAGAGAAAACAAGGUUCAGAAGAAACAAUAAGUCAAUUUGUGACUGCAUUAAAAAAGCUUUCACAGUAUUGCGAAUUUGGUAAUAAUUUGGAUGAUUCAUUGAGAGAUCAAGUUGUUUACGGUAUCAGGGAUAACAACAUAAAAAAACGUUUAAUGUCUGAACCGGAGUUAACAUUUAGAAAAAGUGUUACACUUUGUUUGUCAAUGGAAUCAGCGAACAAUGAUGUGUCUCAUUGGGAAAAACAGGAAUUGAAUUAUCAGCGAGGAAUGAAGUUUAAGCAAAACAGACAACCAUGGGGACAAGGGAAGUCAAGGAAAGCACACAGAUCAGAUUCAAUGCCAAAUAAUCAAAAGGAUUCAACGAACAAUUCAAGCCAUGGCCGUAAAACGGUUUGUUUUUGUUGUGGUAAAGCAGGUCAUACAAAACCAUUUUGUAAGUAUAAGCAUUUAACAUGUACUAAAUGUUCUAAAGUAGGUCAUUUAAUUAAAGUUUGUAAAGCUAAAAGUAAAGCUGGUAAUGUUAAUAUACUAGAAGAGUCUAAUAUUUUAAAUGAUUUUGAAGAUUUGCAUAUUGAUAAUUUGUUUUCAUUAGAGACUGUUGAUGUUAAUUUUAUUAAACCAUUUAAUAUUAAGUUAGAUGUAAGUGGAAUUAUUAUUAAUUUUCAAAUUGACACUGGAUCUUCAAUUACAGCUUUGUCUUAUAGUGAUGCAUGUAGAGUGAAUCUUAAAUUGAAAGAUAUUCAAAAAAGUGAUAUAAGUUUAAAAGGUUAUACUGGUACUUUAAUUAUUCCAAUGGGUUAUUUAAAAGUGAGUGUGAAAUUUCAUGGAAAAAUUGAAGUGUUGAAUUUGUAUAUAAUUAAAGAAGGUGGCCCUCCUAUUGUCGGUAGAGAUUGGAUUGAGAAUUUAUCAUUACCUAUUAAAGGGGAAGUUUAUUCACUUUCAUCAAAAACAGAAAUAAAUAUUUUUGAAGAUUUUCCUUCAGUGUUUGGAGAUGUACUUGGAUGUUAUAAACCUAAAGUGUUUAAAUUAUUCUUAAAAGAUGAAAACAUUAAACCUAUUUUUUGUAAGCCUCGUGUGUUACCUUUUGCAUUGAAAGAUAAAGUGAGUUUGGAAAUUGAUAGAUUAGUCAGUGAAAAGUUAUUAAUUCCAAUAGAGUCUUCAGAGUGGGCUACACCAGUUGUGCCUGUUUUAAAAAGUGAUGACAGAUAUCCUAUACCCAGAGUAGGAGAUUUAAUGGCAAUUUUGCAGGGUGCAUCCAAAUUUUGUGUUCUUGAUUUAUGUCAAGCUUAUCAACAGCUUUCAUUAGAUGAGGAAUCACAAAAGUUAACAACUUUAUCUACACAUAAAGGACUUUUUGUAUUUAAACGUAUACCAUAUGGUAGAGCUUCAGCUCCUGGUAUUCUGCAGCGUGAAAUGGAAAAUAUUCUGAGAAAUAUUGAGGGUACAGUUGCUUUUUAUGAUGAUAUCAUAAUAUCUGGAAAAUCUAAAGAAGAAGUUACUAAAAGACUUAGGGAAGUGUUAGAAAGAUUAGGUUCAGUAGGAUUGACGGUGAGAAAAGAUAAAUGUAAAUUGUUCCAGGAUAGUGUUACUUUUUUGGGUUAUAAAAUAAAUAAAGAUGGUUUACAUGUUCCUGAGGCUAGAGUUAAAGCUAUUACAUCAGUACCUAUACCUUGUAGUGUUACUCAACUAAAAGCAUUUUUAGGAUUCGUAACUUACUAUGACCAAAACAAAGCAUUCAAUGAAAUUAAAAGUGCUAUUUUGUGUAAUGAAAUAUUAAUCCACUAUAAUCCAAAAUGGCCUAUCAUUAUAGCUUGUGAUGCUAGUCCUACUGGUAUUGAGGCUGUAUUAUCUCAUAAAUUACCAGAUGGUACAGAAAAGCCUAUUGCCUUUACUUCCCGGACAUUAAAUAAGGCCGAACGUGCUUAUGCACAAAUAGAUAAAGAAGCUCUUGCUAUAGUUAAUUCAGUUAAGUAUUUUCAUCAAUAUGUAUAUGGUCGUGAAUUUAUUCUUAGAACAGAUCAUAAGCCUUUAGUAGUUAUUUUUGGUCCUAAAAAAGGUAUUCCUGUCAUGAUAGCAAAUCGGUUACAGCGGUAUGCAAUAUUUUUAUCUGGCUAUAAUUAUGAAAUACAAUUUGUAAAAGGUAUAGAUAAUGGUAAUGCGGAUGCAUUGUCAAGACUUCCUUUAGAUACCACUGCGAGUUCUAAUAUUUUAGAAUCAGAUAAUUACUCUAUUAAUUUAAUCACUGAAAAUAUUAAAGCAAUUUCUGAUUUAGAUAUUUGUGAGGAAAUUAAAAAAGAUACUAUUAUUAAACAAGUUUUUUUUAGCGUUUUCACUGGUCAGUGGCCUACUGACAUUAAAAAGGUAUCUGAAGAAUUGAAACCAUAUUUUAACCGUAAGGAUCAAUUUUCAAUUGAACAAGGAUUAUUAUUUUGGGGGCAUCGUUUAGUAAUACCGUCUAAAUUUCGGACUGAAUUGUUAACUGAAUUACACAGCACUCACUUAGGUGUUGUUAAAAUGAAAAGUAUCGCUCGUUCUUUUAUUUGGUGGCCUAGAAUUGAUUUAGAAAUUGAAGGUAUUACAAAAAGAUGUGAACUUUGUUUGAUUCAUAGUGAGAAUCCUCCAAAGGCAGUUCUACAUAGUUGGCCUUGGCCUGAUGGUCCAUCUCUUAGGGUUCAUUUAGAUUUUUUAGGUCCUGUUAAUAAAAGAAUGUUUCUUGUGAUAAUAGAUGCCUUUUCAAAAUGGGUGUAUGUGAAAUUUAUGCCUAAUAUAACUACUUUUUCAACUAUUAAAAUUUUAAGAGAAUAUUUUGCUUAUUGGGGCAUUCCUGCUAAACUUGUGACUGAUAAUGGUCCAUCUUUAUGCUCGAAAGAGAUGGAAGAUUUUUUACAAAAAAAUAGAGUUUUUCAUAUUAAAACUUCACCUUAUAAUCCUGCAUCAAAUGGUGCAGCUGAAAAUCUUGUUCGUACUUUCAAAAAUGUUAUAAAAAAAUGUAACCCUAAUUCUGACAUUGAAGUUGAUGUAUAUAGAUUUGUUAUGUCGUACAACAGUACAAAACACUGUUCUACAGGUGUUACUCCGGCAGAAUUACACAUUGGGCGUACCUUGCCAACUCAAUUCGAUAGACUCAUUCCUUUUGCUAAGAAUAAAUAUAACAAGUGUUUGGAAAAUGCUAAACAUGUUUUUAGAGGCAAUAGAGAGAAAUCCUAUAAGAUUGGAGAUACUGUUAUGUGCAGAAAUUAUGGUUCUGGUAAUAUGUUUAGUGAAAACAAACCAGUAAUUGAAAGUAUUAUUGAGGAAGGAGGAAAAUUCAAUCUAGACAGUCGUGCUCACCGGUUGUGUCUACUUCUUAUCUACUAUAUAUUACUAACAAUUAUUACGCACACUAUGGAUUCAACCGCAUUAGAUGAUAUCAAAUCUUCAUUAGAUGAACUUAAAGCCUCUCAAGAAAAAAAAAUCUCUACCUCUCAAAUGUCUACUAAUGAAAACUUAUUAUCUGAAGUAAUGGAGAGACAAUCACGCUCAUGUAAUUUAAUUAUUUUUAAUUUACCUGAAUCUAAGGAAGAUUCCCAAACUAAAAUAACUGAUUAUGAUCAACUCGUAACCAUAUUUAACACAAUGGAAACAAAUCCAACAAAAUUUACCUGUCAUCGUCUCGGAAAACCAAAUUCAAAUACUGAAAAUAAGUCACGUCCUUUAAAAGUUGUAUUAUCCAAUACCAUUGAAGUGUUCACAUUACUUCGUUCGCAAGCAAAAUUACGUAAUUCUCCAAAUUGGUCUAAUAUUCGCCUGGCUUCCGAUCGCACAACAAUGCAACGUGAUCAUAUGAGAAAUUUACGUGAACAAUUACAGAAACGAAGAGAUAAUGGCGAGAACGAUCUAAUUAUUAAAUACAAUAAAGGCAUUCCAAGUAUAAUUAACAAAAAUAAAAAUUUUUAA